AUGCCGCGGCCUCGUGCGCCGCCUCCACGCCCUCGCUGGUAUCCAACACCGCCCGGGCCACCACGUCCACCACGACCACCGCGUUGCUCGUCCGUAAAGUUGAUUUCGAUGUCCAAACGCUUCGUGCGAGGUUCACGACGCUACAAAACA